AGGAGUUUUCCGGCGGGCUGCUGUCCGUGACCAGCCGAGGCUCCGAGACGCCCCGGCGCGCGGAGAGCUUGCCUGCCCCCGCCCAGAACUGGGCGCUCUCGCCCAGGCCGCUCCAGCGCCCCCCCGCCCCCGCGUGCCCGCCGAUUCCGCUGGAGGAGUCGAAGAUUACCAGUUUGAAACCUAUCCCCAUCCCUAUGUCCGGCAUGACCUUGCAUCGUUGCCGAUCUCGAUUCCCUCCGCUUCUGAGGGCGCAUCCCUGAGAUUGUCAUUGCCUUGGGGUUGCCGUUUUCAUGGUUGGGGUAAGGUCGAGGCUGAUUCGUCGAAUAUGCAAAGACCGCAUUAGCAUAGGCUGUCGACGGUCCGCGCGGAUCUCUUGGACCUGCGCUGGACCUUCCUCUCUGGCGCGCGGAGCGCGCAAGGUGCGGCGCCGGAGGCGCCGCCAGGGGGUCCAGCGGAGAUCCAAAGCAUCCGCACGGACCGCCGGAAGCUUGUGUUUAUGCAGCCCUCUCUCUCCUUCCAAGGAGCUCGGCCUGAGCAGGCUGAGCGGUGGCGGCCACAGCCCCCCGCACACGGUCUCCACGCAGGCUCCCCGCACGGGGUCUACGCAGCUCCACACGAGCUCCCCGCGCGGGCCGACCUUCGGUCCCCGCGUGGAGGGGACCCUCGGGCAGGGGAUGUCGCAGCCUUCGCCCUCCGCGGCCCCUAAGCUCGACCUGGACACGGGGGGAAGGUCACAGAAGCCCCAGUCUCAGCGGGACGAGCCGCGAGAGGGCAAUUCCACUUGGAACAACAUGCCGACGCUGGCGGGUCUGCUGAGUCCGCGAAAUACAGUCAAGGAGGUGUCUAUGGCAGAGCGUUGCAGUUCGCACUGCAAGCUCGAGGAGGGCAACCGCAACGAGGUCACCGCAGAGGCGUGCUCGACGCAGGUCGGCGAAGACAGCUGUCUGAAGGCGCAUUUGCUCGAGGCGGAGACGGGCGGCUUCCAGGGGCCCGCGAUCGCCAUGAUGGACCGCAUGGGUGGAGAGGUGGAGAACGGGCAUGCCUCCCUGGAGGCGGCGAAUAUGUCAAAAUGGAAGACGCUCCUCGACGCCGUCGGGGAGAGGUUGGACGGCGGUGUCGUGAGUCAGUUCACCCCCAGCACGAUGUGGGUGGACGCGCUCGACAAAGAGCGGCCUUCUGGUCUUCCAUCCGGCGAGGAAGACGCACAGAUCGAGCUCGGCUCCGUGCUGCGCUUCUUGAAGAAGGACUGGCUCCUGGAUGGCCGGCGAAGGAGCGACUCUGGCGCCAUGACCGAGCUUCUGGGUGGCGCUAAGCCGACGAACAGGUGGACCCUCUAUCCCAAUGGGCGUCAGCGCUUGAUCUGGGACGUUUUGGGCUGCUUAUUGUUGCUGCACGACCUCAUAAUGAUCCCGAUGGUGGUGUUCGACAGCAGGACAACAGGAAUGCCCGCUGGUUACAAGAACUUCGAGACCAUCUUCCAGUUCGCCAGCGCUUCCUUCUGGACCUUGGACAUCUUCGUGUCGUUCAUCACGGGAUUCCACUCCAGCGAGGGCUUCGUGGAGAUGGACCCCUACAAGGUCGCACGGAACUACAUCAAGAGUUGGUUAUGCCUUGACCUCGUGAUCGUUGCUGUGGACUGGUCCUCAAUAUUUGUCAGCAACCUCGGUGACGCGAGCGACUCGCUGCGCCUCGGGAAGACGGCGUCGCGCAUCAUGCGCGUCUUCCGUUUGCUACGCUUCGCGAAGAUGAACACCCACAUGCAGGACAUGAUGAACAUGGUGAAUUCAGAGUACAUCCAGCAACUCAUGGGCCUGCUGAAGCUGCUGGUGGCCAUUGUGAUUGUGAACCACUAUGUUGCAUGCUUCUGGUUCCUAGUCGCAGCAACGAACCCAUCGGGGGGGGUGACUUGGGCAAUGAAUGCCUUCGGUGGGGGCCAGUGGUCAAUGAUAUACGCGUACACCACGUGCCUGCACUGGUCGCUCACGCAAUUCACGCCCGCGUCUAUGGAGGUUGUCCCCGAGAACGAAGUCGAGAGGACAUUCAACAUAGUGGUUAUCAUCAUGGCGCUCGUCAUCUUUUCCUCGUUCGUGUCAUCUAUCACCAGCACCAUGACCCACAUCAGGAACAUCAACGACUACAAGACGAAGCAAGAAGCGGCCGUCCGCGGCUUCUUCACCGAGCACCAAAUCCCAGCCAAGCUGGUCAGCCGCGUGUGGCACUUCAUAAAGCACCACCGGCGCACGGUGAAGAAGCGGACGAGGCUGCAGGACGUGCAGGCUUUCAAAGGCCUGCCCCCGAGCGUCAAGGACGAGAUCAGAAAGGCGAUGUUCAUGCCCAUCCUAAAGGUGCACCCAGUGUUCUUGGAGUACAGCCGCAUCGACCCGCCUGCGCUGCACGAGAUGCUGAAGAUUGGCACCUCGGCCGAGCCCCCGGCGCUCAACGAGCAGUCCAUCCAGAGCAUGGGAGGUGUGGAGUUGGAUCGAGGUGUGGGAGAAGGAGGGCUGGUCAAGGAGAUAGUGUUCGUUGUGAGGGGUGUGCUCGACUACCAGCAGUCCAGCGACGGCCAGGCAACAGCGAGCGUGGGCGAGGGGCAGUGGUGUUGCGAGGCCGCGCUGUGGAUUGCCGAGGCUGUCCUGGAGGGUUCGCUGCUCGCGGCAGACGGGGGUGCCGAGGUUGUGACCGUGCACUCCAGGCGCUUCCAGAGCGUAGCAAAGUCCAACCCGACCUCCAUGCCCUUCCUCGCGCGCUAUGCCAAGCUCUUCACCGAGAAGCUCAACGAGGCCCAGAUGGAUCCCGACUACAAGUGUGUGCUCUUCAACUGCCAGGAAGAAAUCCAGGAGCUGGUCGAUGAUUCGCUAAAGGUGAACAUGGGCAACGUCAGUCUGAUGAAGCGCGCGAACGCGACCCUCCGCAAGAGCAUGAGUCGGCCGUCCCAGUGAAUGCAGCUCGGCUGGCGACGGCAGAGGGAGGGACGAGGAUGGUUGGGAGGAUGACUGCUGCGCCACGAGAAGGACCACACGGAGCGCGGAGGACAUAGCCACAGAUAAUGUAGAAAGUUUGCGUAGCCCACCGCUGCUACGGGUGCGGCGCGUGCGCCUCCUGCCUCCUCGUCGCCGUCCUCCUUCGCUGCCUGCCUCGUCCCGCGCCUUCUCCUCCGCUGAUUCCUCCUUCUC